AGCAGCAGCAGCAGCAGCAGCAGCAGCAGCAGCAGCAACAGCAGCAGUUCUGAAGGGAGAAGGACGCCAAGUUCUGGGGCCUCCAGGCUGAUCUGCAGCAAAAAGGGCGGCGGCAGCGACAGAGGCAGAGGCAGCAGAGACAGACGCAGCUGCAUCGGCAUCAGCAUCGGCAUCGGCAGCAACAACAACAUCAACUACAGCAAUAGCAACAGCAGCAACAGCAACGACAGCAAAAGCAGAUACUGGAUUGUGCUGCCCUGGGCUCUCCAUCUUUUUACAAGGCGCGCGCCCGCUCGAACACACAGACACAUACACACAUAUACAUACACACAGAACACACACACACACACACACACACACACACACACAUACACAGAGAGGCACACACACACCAUCCAAUUUAAGCUCCUUCAGUGAGCACUUACCAUUCACAGUUUCAGAGCAGCAGGAGCAGCGUCGGUGGCCGCGGCGGGCAGCACCAGAGGCAGCGGCGGCAGGGCACAGCCAGUCGUAGCCUUAUCCUUGCCGUUCACUUUUUCUUUCCUUCUCUUUAACAUCGCUAUAUCGAGAGUAACGAUCUUAGUUUCUUUUUGAAAUUUUUCUUCUGGAUCUUGUUCGCAUUCUUUUGGAAAAGGGCAAAACGGUGAAGAAAAGGUUGCAGCAAGGAAAAAAUAAAACACCAUAAAACCAACUCUAAGUCAAACCCGCCUGCAAAAAUUUUGGUUGCAUUGUCACAUUCUUAUUAUGGAAGUUAAGUGAAAAAUAAGACAAAAACAAAAACAAACAAACAAAACAAAACCACAACAGCAAAACUGAACCUGGAACUAAUGUGGAUGAGAAAGAAAGAGGGUGGGAAGAAAAGAAGCGAUCAAGCUCAUGUCUUCGUCAGUACGAUGGGUAAUUUUUGGAACAAUUUCUAGGAAUUAGGUUCUUUUCUUCCUAUUUCUUCUUGGCUUCUGAAGAAAGAACUUGGCUUUGGAUUGAAUGGAGUCUAAAAACUGCUUUUUAGACUUGAAUAAUUCUUCUACCUGAGGUGGAUUGGUGCGGAUUUAGUAAGCAGAGUGUGGAAAUCUAGCAGCCUUUGGAACUCCCUCUAUUAAUCUGGGUGUAUCUAAAUGUGCCCUAUUCGAAAUCUUUUCAACAUCUUUUGAUCCUGAGAUUUGCCCUUUAAUUAGCUUCUAGGGAAAUCUAAAUUAAGACCUACCUCUUUUUUUUUUUUUAAAGACACCCAUUUUGCUCUCUGGGAUUGGUAUUUUAAGCAAUCUGGAUCAUUUUUAGUAUGUCAGAAUGUGUCUACUAAUGUUUACACAACUCUUCCUCUGUGGAUUUGCGUAUUUUCAGGUUAAUGGAUCACGUCUUCGACAGGAAGAUUUUUCUCCCAGGAUUGUUGAGCAUCCUUCAGAUGUUAUUGUUUCUAAAGGAGAGCCAACAACUUUGAACUGCAAAGCUGAGGGCAGGCCAACUCCUACUAUAGAGUGGUAUAAAGAUGGUGAGAGGGUGGAAACUGACAAAGAUGAUCCCCGAUCCCACCGCAUGCUGCUGCCUAGCGGAUCUUUAUUUUUUUUGCGUAUUGUACAUGGACGUAGAAGCAAGCCUGAUGAAGGAAGCUAUGUCUGUGUGGCAAGGAACUAUCUUGGUGAGGCAAUGAGUCACAAUGCAUCUCUGGAAGUGGCAUUAUUAAGAGAUGACUUCCGGCAAAAUCCCACCGAUGUUGUUGUUGCAGCUGGAGAGCCUGCUAUCUUAGAGUGCCAGCCUCCUCGAGGACAUCCAGAGCCCACCAUCUAUUGGAAGAAAGACAAAGUUCGAAUUGAUGACAGGGAAGAGAGAAUAAAUAUACGUGGUGGGAAACUGAUGAUUUCAAACACUAGAAAGAGUGAUGCAGGCAUGUAUACCUGUGUUGGCACAAACAUGGUGGGAGAACGAGACAGUGAUCCAGCAGAAGUGACUGUCUUUGAGCGACCCACUUUCCUCAGACGGCCAAUUAACCAAGUGAUACUGGAAGAAGAAGCUGUUGAAUUUCGAUGUCAGGUCCAAGGAGAUCCCCAACCAACUGUCAGAUGGAAGAAGGAUGAUACCGACUUGCCAAGAGGAAGAAUCGACAUCAAAGAUGAUUACACAUUGAGGAUUAAAAAGGCUAUGAGUUCAGAUGAGGGAACCUAUAUGUGUGUUGCUGAGAAUCGGGUUGGAAGAGUGGAAGCAUCUGCUACUCUCACUGUUAGAGCUCGCCCUGUUGCUCCUCCACAAUUUGUGGUUAGGCCAAGAGAUCAGAUUGUAGCUCAAGGCCGAACAGUUACAUUUCCCUGUGAAACUAAAGGAAACCCUCAGCCAGCUGUUUUUUGGCAGAAAGAAGGCAGCCAGAAUCUGCUUUUCCCAAACCAGCCUCUACAACCUAGCAGCAGAUAUUCAGUGUCACCAAGUGGAGAUCUUACUAUAACAAACAUUCAGAGGUCUGAUGCAGGCUACUAUAUUUGUCAGGCCUUAACUGUUGCAGGAAGUAUUUUAGCAAAGGCCCAGCUGGAAGUUACUGAUGUUUUGACAGAUAGACCUCCACCUAUAAUUCUACAAGGCCCAGCCAAUCAGACAUUAGCAGUAGAUGAUACAGCCUUGCUGAAAUGUAAAACCACGGGUGAUCCUCUUCCUGUUAUUAGCUGGUUAAAGGAAGGAUUCACUUUUCUGGGUAGAGAUCCAAGAACAUCUUUACAAGAGCAAGGAACGCUGCAGAUUAAGAAUUUACGUGUUUCUGAUACUGGCACUUACACAUGUGUGGCUACAAGUUCAAGUGGAGAGACAUCAUGGAGUGCUGUUUUAGAUGUAACUGAAUCUGAAGCAACAAUCAGUAAAAAAUAUGAUUUAAAUGACCUACCUGGAUCACCAUCCAAACCUCAGGUCACUGAUGUCAGUAAAAAUAGUGUCACCUUAUCCUGGCAGCCAGGAAGUCCUGGAAGCCUACCAACUAAUGCAUAUAUCAUUGAGGCCUUUAGUCAAUCAGUGAGCAAUAGCUGGCAAACUGUGGCAAACCAUGUAAAGACGACAUUGUACACUGUAAGAGGACUUCGACCCAAUACAAUCUACUUGUUCAUGGUGAGAGCUAUCAACUCUCAGGGUCUUAGUGACCCUAGCCCCAUGUCAGAUCCUGUGCGCACACAAGAUAUAAGCCCACCAGCACAAGGAGUAGAUCAUAGACAAGUACAGAAAGAAUUGGGGGAUAUCAUUGUACGUCUUCAUAAUCCUGUUGUGUUGACUCCUACCACAGUUCAAGUCACAUGGACUGUUGAUCGUCAGCCCCAAUUUAUACAAGGCUAUCGAGUCUUGUAUCGCCAGAUAUCAGGGCUCCCAUCUCCAUCAACAUGGCAAAACUUAGAUGCUAAAGUGCCUACAGAACGCAGUGCUGUUCUAGUUAAUCUGAAAAAAGGAGUGACUUAUGAAAUUAAAGUUCGACCAUAUUUUAAUGAGUUUCAAGGAAUGGAUAGUGAUUCCAAGUCAGCACGCACUACUGAAGAAGCUCCAAGUGCUCCCCCACAAUCUGUCACAGUGUUGACAGUUGGAAACCACAACAGCACAAGUAUCACUGUUUCCUGGGACCCUCCUCCUCCAGAUCAUCAAAAUGGAAUUAUCCAGGAAUACAAGAUCUGGUGUAUGGGAAAUGAAACUCGGUUUCAUAUCAACAAAACUGUAGAUGCAUCAAUUCGAUCUGUGGUUAUUGGUGGAUUAUUCCCAGGCAUUCAGUAUCAGGUAGAAGUUGCAGCAAGCACCAGUGCAGGGAUUGGUGUGAAAAGUGAUCCACAACCUAUCAUCAUUGGAGGACAUAACGAAGUUGUCAUCACUGAAAAUAACAACAGCAUAACUGAACAAAUAACAGAUGUUGUGAAGCAGCCAGCCUUUAUAGCUGGGAUUGGAGGUGCAUGCUGGGUAAUUCUGAUGGGUUUCAGCAUCUGGUUGUAUUGGCGCAGAAAGAAGAGAAAGGGACUCAGCAAUUAUGCCGUCCAGUCCUUUACCUUCACCCCAGCAGAUUCAAAUUUGCACGGCAGGUUUGCACGUGGCACAGAGAAGGGGAGCUCGAACAAAACAGUCACUUUUCAAAGAGGUGAUGCAGGACUAAUGAGCAAUGGAAGCCGACCAGGGUUACUAGAUGCUAGUGAUCCCAGUUAUCCUUGGCUUGCAGAUUCCUGGCCAGCUACCAAUUUGCCUGUGAACAAUAGCAAUAGUGGGCCAAAUGACAUUGGAAAUUUUGGUCGUGGAGAUGUGCUGCCACCAGUGCCAGGUCAAGGAGAUAAAACAGCUACUAUGCUUUCUGAUGGAGCCAUUUAUAGCAGCAUUGACUUCACCACCAAAACAACUUAUAAUAGUUCAAGCCAAAUAACACAAGCAACACCAUAUGCUACCACACAGAUCCUACACUCCAAUAGCAUUCAUGAAUUGGCUGUUGAUCUGCCUGAUCCUCAAUGGAAAAGUUCAAUUCAGCAGAAAACGGACUUGAUUGGAUUUGGUUAUUCCCUUCCUGAUCAAAAUAAAGGUAACAAUGGUGGGAAAGGUGGGAAAAGGAAGAAAAAUAAAAACUCUUCUAAAUCCCAGAAAAACAAUGGAUCAACCUGGGCUAAUGUCCCACUACCUCCUCCUCCAGUCCAACCCCUCCCUGGCACAGAGUUAGAGCACUAUGCAGCAGAUCAGCAGGAAGCUGGUUAUGAUAGUGAUGGCUGGUGUCCACCAUUACCAGUUCAAACGUAUUUGCACCAAGGCAUGGAGGAUGAGCUAGAGGAAGAUGAUGACCGAGUCCCAACACCUCCUGUUCGAGGAGUGGCCUCUUCACCUGCUGUCUCAUUUGGACAACAAUCUACUGCAACUCUAACACCCUCCCCACAUGAAGAAAUGCAACCCAUACUUCAGGCUCACCUUGAUGAGCUGACCAGAGCCUAUCAGUUUGAUAUAACAAAGCAAACAUGGCACAUCCAAAGCAAUACUAAACCUCCUCAGCCCCCAGUUCCACCAUUAGGUUAUGUUUCUGGGACCCUGAUUUCAGAUUUGGAGACAGAUAUUCAAGAUGAUGAUGAUGAUGACAAUGAUGAUGAUGAUGAUGAGGAGGAGAUGGAAGAAGCAUUAGAAAUUAUCAGGCCCCUAAGAUGUCAAGAGCAGACUCCCGGAUCCAGUUUGGAUAAUCUAGACAGUUCUUUGACAGAGGAGGCACUGGUACCCUAUAGUAAGCCCACCUUCCCAUCACCAGGUGGACAUAGCUCAUCAGGAACAGCUUCUUCAAAAGGAUCAACUGGACCUAGAAAAGGCGAGAUCUUGCGAGGAAGUCACCAGAGGAAUACCAGUGACCUUCUUGACAUCGGUUAUAUGGGAUCCAGUAGUCAAGGACAAUUUACAGAGGAGUUGAGAAGAGAAAUGCAAAGCUGCUCUGAAGGGCCAUCAGGUCUGUACUCAUGGAAGUGAUGACACUAAACAGUGCAAUGAACAAUUUUUUAUGUACUAUUAAAAGAAUUGUAAAUGCAAUGUAAAGACACACAGCCACACAUAUGCCACAGAUAUUUAACUUGUAUUCUCUUAAAGACACCAUCCACCUUAACUAUUUCUUGUCAGAAGUAUAUAGAACAGGAAAAAAAAAAUCAUCCUUUGUAUGUAAAUUUUUGUUGCAUUGCUAUGCAAAAUCACUCUCUUUUUUAGCUAUAUUCAUAUUUCUGUCUGUUCUUAUUGGUCUGUUGUACUAUAUAUGAAUUAAUAGGCUGUGGUACCAUAUAGUAACUUUUAAUUGUGUAACUUUUAUGUUUAAAGUUUGCACUGCAAUUUUAUUUGGUGAUAAGCACAAAUCUCUACUCCUCAUGACAUGAAGAAAAAAGACUGAAUGUGAAAGGAGUUUAUGUACUGUAAGCUAUGUUGAAUAAUGCAAGAUAUAAUUGAUUAUGUUAUAUUGUUUUCCAUUGGGGUGUAUAAAUAUGUAUAAGAUAAAAAGGAAAACUGAUGUUGGCAAAUAUUUAUUUGAACAUCAGGGACUAAUUCAAUAAAAAUGAAAAGCAAGAUGGCUGCUUUUACUAUUCUAAAACGUAUAUGGGGGUUCAAAAUAAAGGUGCAUUUAGGAGUGAAUAUGUAUAAAAUAUGCACAUAGCUAUGAUAUACUAAAACUGAUGAAAAAAUGAUCUACAAUGUCAAUUUUUACCUGCCCAAAUAUGACUUAGCAAUAUGUGAUUUAAUAUAACAAAAGAAACUAAGGUGUUUCACUAAAGCUGUAUUUAUAUUACAGCAUUCUAAAGCAUUUUAGAAUUGUCAUAAUUAUUCUCUCGAACCCAUUAAGUAAAAAUAUGAUGUGAAGUUCCCCAAGGAAACAAAUACUAUAAACUCUAGAUUAUAUAGCAAAUAGUUAAAGAUAUAAUUUUUCACUAGACAUACUCAGGCUUCUUCCAAAUAUGAAAUAUGUUCCAAUAUCUUGUUUCAUCUUUAUGAUACCUGCACAGUACACUAGAGGAUAGAGCUGCAUCACUGAAAUUCAUCACUUUUUUACAAUGCAAUUUACAUUAAAAUAUUUACUGUUUUGUUUAAUUAAGAAAUAGAAUUUAUUCCACCAAAUUUUUGGUCAAAUUACAAGUGCUUGAAAAGCAGUGCUAAGAAUAUGUUCAUUUCAUAGUAAAUAGAUUUCUUAAAAUAAAACUAAAUAUUUUCAAAAAUUGACUAUCAACUAAGAAUUUAGUUGAUCCACUUUUAGGAGUGAAUUGGGAAAAAAGGAGCUUUACAAGAAAACAGUGCAUGUUUGUAUACUUUUUGAAUAAAACCAAGCCUUCUAAGGGAACAUUAAUAACAACAUCCUGGUUCAUCAUUUGUUUCUAUAACUCAAAAUAAAUUAUUUCUGCAACUCAAUUAUAAGAAAAAUUAAAUAACAUUUUAAAUAUCUAUUAGCUGUUAUAUAUACAUAAAAAUCAAUCAAAGUUUCAAAGUUUACAUACAUGGCACAUGCAUGUUUUUUAAUCUACUUCUGAAUAUUCUUUGUCAUUACUCUCCAAGAUUUACUUUUCUUUUCAAUAAAGAAUUUGGCACCAACUCGGCAAUAAGAAGAUCUUUUAAGUCCAUACUUUUAACACAUUAUUGGCUUGAAUUCCCUAUUUCUACUUUUCUUUGUGUUACCAGAGUAGUUGGUAUUGUCAAAUUUUUUUCUUCUUUUUUCUUUCCUAAGCCCAUACCAAUAUAAGCAAACAUAAGGAGUCAGGAUGUGCUUUGGGGACUGACAAAAUCUCUAUUCCUCACUCCAUAGCAAUGACUCCACAAUGGGAAAUAAACAGAGUUCAAAUUCACUUUUAGACAUAUAUUCAUGAUCCUACACAGAUUAUUUUCUAACAUCAGUGUUUACAAUUUUAAUGAGCUUUUUUUUUCUUUAUAUAUGAAAGAAUAUCUGAUGAAUGUGAGCACUGUGUUGGAAAUAAUAACAUGAAUAUCCAUAAACCUUAAGGCAGAGGGAUUACAGACCAUGGUAUUUGCAGUGCCAAAUGUGAGUAUCUUUAACCACUCAAUUUAAAACUUCUCAGCUUCAUAGUUUGGUUCAUAUCUCUGAGUAGUAUAUAAUUGUAGUCAAAUGCAUGUAACUUGUUGACAAUAGCUGCUAAAACACUCUUACCUGUUCAGAUGACAUAAAAUUUAAGGAUUUGGGCAGGAAAUGAAAGGUUAUUGUGACUGGAUAUAUAAGUUUAUACAGUAUACUUAACUAAAAGGUCUUAUCAGAAUGGUCUGUGUUCCUUGUUAUCCCCACAUCCAUUUAAAUGGUUCUAUCGAUAACUUACAUAAUAAAGAGUGUAUUUUACCAGAAUAUGGACUACAUAGUGACAUAUAAUAAUACUAUAAUUAUUGAAUGGAAUUCAGCAAUAAAAUAAAAAAUAAAUUAAAUAGGAUGUAAGCCAAAAUAUCAAACCAGAACAUUUCCUUGUGGAUUGUAUUAGUAUAGAUAUAAUUUUAUUAUAUCCAAUUCUUUGUUCCCUAAGUCACAGAAAAAGUCCGUGUAAAAUUAUAAAUUAAAGGGCUCCACAGGUUUAUGUGGAUGUAGGGAGUAUCAUCCCACUUUGCAGUCAAGGAUAAUGCUACCUCAUGGCCAUUUCUGCAUAAGCACAAUACUAUUUAAUUUAAAGAAUUCCUUUUAAUGAAAUGCCUGUGACUGUCAGAGCAUAUGCUCAUCUCUGGCUCUGUAUUGAUCUUAUAACCAUAGUUCUCUUCUAAAUCUUUUCUAUACCACUUAAAAGUAGAGAUAGAAUAGCAUUUGGUGCCAGCAUAGAUGAACUUCAUAAAAUAUUUUAUUGCUCCAUUGAAUAUAAGUUCAACUCAAGAAGAAAAUAAAAGUAGAAAGCUUAGAAAAACAAUUGAGUUCAACACAUUGGUGUAACAAAGAUUAGUAAUAGAUCAGUGAAAUAAAAGCAUUACUUUUCAUUCACUUUAAUAUUAUAUGGUGAAGACCAUCCAUAAAAAUGUCAUAAUGAUAUCUUCUGGUUUGUAUAGGGGGAGAGGGUUGAACCAGAUGAUCUUUGGUCCCUCCUAAAUCUAUAAUUCAAUUCAAUUUAUUAAUGUAUAACUUCAUACCAUAUUGUUCUAAGAAUUUUAAUUGGUCUUCAAUGGGUGUUGAGUUAAAGUUUUUGUUUAGCUUUGGUGAAACACCUUACUCACAAUUUCUGUCAAAACUUUAUAUUAUUAUCCCUUGACAGCAUAAUCAUAACCAUCCCUAUUAAUUUCAGAUAUGUAAUUUAUCAGCUCCAAAGGGAAGUGAUUGUGUGUGUCAGUAUUGAGAUUGUACAGGACCAUGGUAUUCAUCAACUUGCUCAUCUGCCUCUAUAUUUUGCUUCUGAAAUUACAUGAUAAAAAUUUGGUAUAUAUCAACAACAUCUCUCUCCCCAUUACAUUACAUGAAGUGUACUAUUUUCUUUUAAAAACUUGUAAAAUAAAAAAAAAAUAGUACAUUUCUAACACAUUUUAUUUACUAUUUCUUUCUUUUUUUAAUCUCAUUUUGAUACAAAUCAUUGAUUGUGAAUUUAUCAAUGUUAUAAGUGGGGGAGGUUGUCGCAACACUUAAGACUUUUUGUAUUUGUUUUUCCAGAUUUAUUUUUGCCUGUAGUUUGUUCAAGUCACCAAAAAAAACAUUCCUAACUAUUAAUGUGUUAUAUUGGUAUUGUUAGUACAACAAAGUGUAUUGUAUAUUUACAGGGGGGAAAAUAAAAGUUCACUUUUCAAAUCUGUCAAAA